ACUAGAACACAUUAGGUGUGUGUUGACCUUAGUGCUUGGACCCAGUCCCUCCAGGAUUUUGCGAUCGCAGAAUGCAAUGAACGCAAAAUCAAGCAUGCACUGCAAUAUUUGGAGGAGCUUGCAAUUUUUCUAAACUAUCACAGAUUCUUUGCAGAUUUGGAGAUUUGCAGAAGAUGCGUCAUGUGACAUCAUCACAACGCUCAUUCAGCCAAAGCCCUCUUUGAUUCGCGUGCGUCAAACAUGAGUACAGCUAAAAGGUUUCAUUACCAACAAACAUCACUGCGAAAAAACUGUGCAAAACAAUUUUGUGCAUCGCGAUUUCACCAAUUCAAAGUAGCUUUCUGCAAAAAAAAAAAAAAACUCCCAAGGUUGCACUGAAAAUCGAGCAUUUUUGGCUGCAACAAUCACAAAAAAACUCUAUGAGAUCCUAUAUGGAGUGCUUGGACCCCUAAAUAUAAUAGCCUUGAUAAUGUGGGCUUCCACGAUUGUAGCAAAAUUAAAUAAAUAAAAAAAUUCACAGACCCCUUGGCUAUGCCUCAUGGAUCCAUAGAGGUCCCUGGACACCACUUUGAGAACCACUGUUCUAGCCUACAUGUUGCCAACCCUGGUCCUGCAGAAUCUCCUGGAGACAUUUUAGUGUUUACCCUGCUCCCAUGACAUCUGAAUGAACUACUCAGCUAAUGUAGCCCUGAUUUAGUCCUAAUAACAGCCCUGCUGAAAAACAACAACAAUAACAACAACAACAACAAAAACAAUACCAACCUUUAUAUAAAUUGUAAUGGUUUUAAUGGAAACUGUAAUGAUCCCUGUGGGUAUCUACUGGUAAUUUGUUUCCUUCUAUCGGUAGUAAUGCUUUUGAAGGUUGGCUGAUGCUUUGUAAUGGUAUUUGUAGUGGAAACAAUUAGAAUUUCUGUGACGGUGAUUGUUCUAUUUUCAGAAGGGAGGGUUGGGAACAUGUGCUACAGCUAGCUGAUAUAUCUGCAGUGCGGCACAGGAACCAGCAGGGGGAGCGACGAUCAAACAAAUUUAGGACAAUACAGUAAUAUAAACACGGCUUAUAUACAAGUGCUCAGUAAAUACUGCGUAUGUUCUUUAGUUUAGUUUGCGAGGUAGCUUUAAGACGAGCUGGUUCCGAAUUUGUAAUUCUGCUCGCGCUAUCGACUGGGCCUGUAAUCGAGCUGCACUCGUGUGCACACCAGCUGCGCGCCGCCGCACACACGGGCGGCUUCACCGACACCUUCUCUUGCGAUUUUUUUUAAAGCUUUGCAGGAAGCGCGUGGACCGUAAGGCAGCCGCUUGAAGCUCCGCCCAUCUCCGUUCCCCUGCAGUUCAAACAGCACUUGUCCUCUCCCCGGCUGUAAUAGGAUUUUGUUUGUGUCCAAAUCCACGACAGGAGCGCGAGCGUUACGACUGGAGCAGGAGGUUUGCCCUGAGGCCCUGCAGUGGAAAUCUUCACAAGGCAAACAUCGUACCGAGUGGAGUGGACAGAACAGCAGCCAGUAUGCUUAUCUGACACUGACUUGGUGAGACUGCCAGGCAGGCAAACUCCAGCAGAUGAUGAUGAUGAUGAUGAAGAUGAAGAAACUACUGCGCUAGUGCCAGAUGGUUUGGGAAUGAUGGACAUCCCUAAUGGCCAACCCAGUGUCUCCACUGCUGUCACCUCAGAGAAGAGCAGCAGUUCAGAGUCUCUGAGUGAGAAGGGCUCGGCUGAGCUGAAGAAAAGUUUUGAUGCUGUUGUCUUUGAUGUGCUGAAGGUCACGCCAGAGGAAUAUGCAGGUCAGAUCACACUUAUGGAUGCUCCAGUGUUCAAAGCCAUCCAGCCUGAGGAACUCUCGAGUUGUGGUUGGAACAAAAAAGAGAAGCACAGUUCAGCUCCUAAUGCCGUGGCUUUCACACGAAGAUUCAAUCAGGUGAGUUUCUGGGUGGUGCGGGAGAUUCUUCAUGCCCAAACUUUGAAGAUCAGAGCCGAGGUUUUAAGUCUCUACAUCAGGACAGCGAAGAAGCUGUGCGACAUGAAUAACCUCCAUGCAGUGAUGGCAGUGGUGUCAGGUUUACAGAGCGCUCCUAUUUUCAGACUCGCCAAAACGUGGGCUGUGUUGAGUCGUAAGGACAAGGCUACGUUCGAGAAACUGGAGUAUCUGAUGGCUAAAGAAGACAAUUACAAGAGACUGAGAGACUACAUCAGCAGCCAGAGUAUGACCUCUUGCAUACCGUAUCUAGGUAUGUAUCUGUCUGAUCUCACGUACAUAGACUCAGCAUAUCCCUCCACCGGCAGUAUUCUGGAAAAUGAGCAGAGGUCCAACCUGAUGAACAACAUUCUGAGAAUCAUCUCAGACCUGCAGAGAUCCUGCGAAUAUGAUAUACCUGAAUUGCCCCAUGUCCAGAACUAUCUCAACUCCGUUCACUACAUUGAGGAGUUACAGAAGUUUGUGGAGGAUGACAACUACAAGUUGUCUCUGAAGAUUGAGCCAGCCACUAGCACACCUCGCACAACUGCCUCUAGAGAAGACCUCGUAGGUUCGGAUGCCUCUGGUUCGCCCUUGUGUGGGCGUCGUGGCAACUCUGCUGAUGGUGGCCUGCCUAAAGUCCCGGGUACUCCGCCUUCCCCUCGCAACCUCCUACCCUAUGGACACAGGAAGUGUCACAGCCUGGGAUACAAUUUCAUUCAUAAGAUGAACACAGUGGAGUUUAAGAGUGCUACAUUCCCCAACGCCGGAUCCAGACACCUGCUGGACGACAGUGUCCUGGAGAGCAACACACCUACACGAGGACAAGCAGAGAGCUCCACUCUGUCCAGUGGCAUCUCACUGGGAAGCAGUGAAGGAUCUGAACUCAGUGAAGAAAUGUCUUGGCCUGCGUUCGAAAGGACACGUCUCUACCACUCUCUGGGCCCAGUGACCCGAGUAGGCCGAAUCACCUGCAGAGGAGGCCUCAGGCCCAGCAGCUCAGCCGAGUCCGAGGAGCUUGCGGUGCACCUGUACCCUGGAGCAGUGACCGUCCAGGGAGUGUUACGCAGGAAAACCAUCCUAAAGGAGGGCAAGAAACCUACGGUGGCUGCAUGGACUAAGUACUGGGUAGCGCUGUGUGGUACUCAGCUCUACUAUUACACUGCCAAGUCUCUCAAAGCCACUGAGAGGAAGCAUUUUAAGUCGACCUCGAGUAAGUGUGUCUCUGUGGUGGGGUUGAUGACCAUGAUGGCAGAUGACCCGGAGCAUCCCGACGUCUUCCUGCUGACAGACUCUGAGCAGGGAAACUCGUACAAGUUCCAGGCCGGGAACAGAAUGAACGCUUUGCUGUGGUUUAAACACCUCAGUGCAGCAUGUCAAAGCAACAGACAACAGGUUCCAGCAAAUCUCAUGUCUUUUGAAUGAAAGGUCCAAUCAGAUGGCAAAAGAACUGUUUUAAAAAGGCGGGUGCUAAAAGACAUGAGGUUGAGCAGUGGGGGAGCCGGAAGAGAAGAGAAGAGGAGUGGAGAGAGUAACUAUUUUACAGUAGCUUUUCCACUGCCAUCACCCAGCCUGAGUCUCACUGCAAAGCCCUCCACCACCACUGCCUUACAGAGUGGAGCAAGAGUCUGUGUGCGCGUGCGUGUGACCGUCCAACACUCCUCUGUCCUCUGCCACCACUUUUCUUUCACUCUCUUCCCCAUCAUAUUGGCACACUCUCCAUUACAAUCUCUUUCUCUACCAAAGUGAGGAACUGUGUGUCCUUCUUCCUCAGAACUAAUUCUGUUCCUGCGUCUCAUCCAGUGCACCUGGAUAUCUGGGUCUUAACUCCAUCCAAAUCCCUUCACCACCUUUUUUUUUAUUAUUAUUAUUAUUAUUAUUAUUACUAUUGUGUAUAUAUAUUUUUUUUUACAAUUUUAUGAGCUGGGCCGAAGCACCGUCCACCAGUGACGUGAAAAUCUGAACUCUUCUCCUCUUCAUGCCUCACACACGACACCAGGACAUUGCAGGACCUUCUCCUCUCAACUAAUUUGGAGACUAAGGUUUUUAAGCGGGGCUGCCACAUUUAGGCCGAACCCACACACUCUUUCACGCUCACUUUCACCCGCGCCCGUGCAUGCACAUCGUCACACGCGUUGAUUCUAUCCAUACGCUUGAGUUGGGCUCAAGCAAGCAUGACACAAGAUUUUCCAAAUGCAGGUUUUAACUGCAGGGAGUGGAAGUGUCUCUCAUUCGUUACGACCAUUUCAACACUUUGAAAAGCAACCGGAAAAAAGGGCUCUGAAGUAUUCCCUUAAAACUCUUGAAUAUUUGCAUCACCUUUUUAUUAUCUUGGGUUUGUUUAACUUACACCUGCAUGCACACACACACACACACACACACACACACACACACACACACACAUCGUCACAUCCAGUUACCCAACUCGAGCAUUAGGGACAAAAAUGAUUAUCACUUUUUUUUUUUUUGUAGUCAAAGGCACGGUCUCACAGCGAGAGAGAAAGGGAGAGACGGUGUGUGAGGGGAAGAGAGAGUGAAAGAUGAGGAGGUAUAAUGAAGAGGUAGAAAGCGAAUGUAAAAAUGGGGUUUAAUUACCCAUGUUUGGGUGGGGAAACUAUAGCACAGUGUGCACAGGGGUGGGUGGGUCGGGAGUUUGGGGUUUCUGCAGUAGGUGCUCUUUAUGGUACGACUGAAGCUGAACAAGCCUCUAAACGGAGGUCAUGUGUACAGUCUUUAUAUCUCUUCUAUAACCCCCUCUCUCCUCUCUCUCCCCCUUCUCUCUCUCUCUCUCCCCAUUUCUCUCUCUCUCUCUCUCUCUCUCUCUCUCUCUCUCUCUCUCUCUCCCCCUUCUCUCUGUCUCUCCCUAAUCCCCCUCACCUCUGUCUCUCUCCCUCCUCCCCCUCACCUCUCUCUCUCUCCCCCCUCUCCCCUCUCAACCUCACCUCUCUCCCCCAAUCUCUUUCUCUCUCUCCCUUCCCCCCCCCCCCCCCCCCCCCCCAAGUUAAAAUUCCAAAUCUGAAAAGUGGGAUGUUGCCUACCAGGACACACACAUUUUCGUAACUACUUGAAAGCUGUGAAUGUCAGUUGGAUUUUUGCCUGUGAUCUCAGUGGUGGUUUCACUUUAUUUCCUUACACCUAUAGUUUGUUCUAGCAGAUAGGAUUAAAAAAAUGAGACUGUUAGAGGUGGGUGUGGCUGCAUGUGUUUGAAUGUGUUUAUCAGUAACUGAACGAUAACAAAAAAAGAAAAAAAAAAUCACAGUUCAUACAAAGAAGCUAUUCAGGAGCCAUUUGCUUUUUUUUUGUUUUGUUUUGUUUUUUUGUUUUUUGUUUUUGUUUACAAGUUUUGUUUAUUGUUUAGUUCAUUUUUAUUUGCAGUAUUACAGUAGACUAUGUAGGUUCUGUUGCACUGGUCCUAGGAUGUUUUAAUUGUCUGUUACAUUUUGUUCAUUCUUUCCAUUUUAAUUUUUGAUGUGUUUUAAUGUGCUUUGUGUUUGGUUUUAUUUCUGUAGUUUUUGGCCAUUGUAAAUGUAUUCAACUGGCAGUUUACUUCUACAGCACAUGACUACACGUUGUGUUUAACAUCAGGUUAAGGCUAGACUGUUGUGUAGAGGAAGGGUUUUUAAAUGCGUUUAACCCGCUCGAAGGCUUCUGUCCUGCAGUCUAGUUUUACACAAGCGUAUCCAGCGCUAUAGGGAACAAGAGAGGAGGAGUGAUAAGCUUGGAACAAACGAAGAGCGUUCUAGUUCAAAGCAGACGUGAACUAAUCAUUCAGAACGGGCAGAUGAAGCCGAUUACCAUCCUUCCUUUUCAUGUUGUUUACUUUUCUUUUUUUUUUUUUCUUCUUUUUUUUUAAUAGAUUUUCUUUUCCCAACCAUUGGCUCUUUUGCUCCAGUCACCUGAGUGUUUCUCCUGCCAGUAAUACUUUAAUGAUUCCUCAGUUCCUGGUUCAUAUGCUAGUUUAUAGGCUUCUGGAGAAUAGUUCGGCAUGUGAUCAAAAUCAGUCUAACUUGUUUUAGGAUCUUCUGCAGACUCUCUCGUCCAGCACUAUUAGAGAAUGAAGAAAUGAAUUGAACUGUAUUAGAAGCUCACCAUUGUGACUUAAUAUCACUUGUGCAGUCAUUCAAGGCAUGUUGUUUUUUUUGUUAUUGUUUUCGUUUUUAAAUAUACUUCAGGAUUGUGUUGGACCUAAAACGAUGCUCUGUGUCCAAAAUAAUGAGUGUGAUCUUAGGAAUGUUUACAUGAGGAGAAGUAUAAUGUGCCACAGGUUUGAGCUGAUCGGUGUGGUAUUGGUGUGAGUUUUGUAAAAGCACAUUGUCAUUGUUUGAGCAAGAUACGAGUUUAGCCACACAAGCGGAGAAAAAAAAAGUGUUUAUGCACCGAGCUUGUCAAAUAUUUCCUUUAUAAGAAGCCAUAUUGGCUCAAAUCAUGAGUUUGCAUAACAGUGUGGUUUUGGCUCGGGUUGUGAAGCAGGAUGAAGUCAGUCUGCCGUGAUAGAGCAGGCAUUAUUGUUUAGGCAGGGAGCUUGUGUGGCAUGCGGCUGAGUGGAUUUGGCGUUGCUGUUCUCAGCUUGUUACUGAAUGUCAGUGCACACUUUUCUAGCCAGAGGCUAGUGGAGAACAUGUUGGGUUAGAGUUUUAUUCCCUCACACGUUCAUACAGACUACUGAAAGGUGGUGAAAAGGGAAGCGCAGUGUGUUUGUGCACAUACAGCACCUCGUUUUACCGAAAGUACUGGGAAACGGCACUGCUUGAAGAGCUGACCUUUUCAAUAGAGUACGCCACAUGGUCAAGCCGUCCCAUUUCAUUAUUGUACUCUCCCUCCAUCUCUUGCAUUGAUUCUUUAAACGAUUUUCCAUCAGGCUUGAGCUUAACAUGCUUUAAACGGUUGAAAUGGAAAAGCUAAUGGGCCGACUUGAACAACAAAUACAAAUACAUACUGCAGCAAAUCAUAGUCAGUUGUGCAGAAGAAGGUGACUGGAGCGACAAAACUCUCACUAUAACUCAAACUGUAUUCCCCUUUGGCUGUCUGCUGCCUGUCUUUAUACAGAUACAUGAAAUGGUACUGAGACAGUGGUUAUAUAGGACUAGAUUCAGAAAUCUGUCCAAAUGCAUUUGGCUAAUGGGUGUUACUGUACAGCAAAAUAACCAGUUCUCUGAGUUAAAGUUCUGGAGUAGAGUGGGAUCAUGUCUUUCUCUGUGUGGAUUGUAUGAUGUAUUUUUAAUGUGUUUUUUUUUUUUUCUUAAGCCAUUUACAUUCUUUGAGACACUCUCUGAAUGUCACACAUGCAUUAUAACUUAAACUAACACUGUUGUUCUUCUUGUUCCUCUUCUUAUUAUUAUUAUAUAUACAGUAUAUCUUUUACAAAUGCACAAAUAUCUGAGAGAUUUUGUGGUGUUUCUGUAGCUUUUCUUUUUGCUCCAUUGACCUUCAUGAGAUAGGAUAGAAUAUGGAGAGUGUCAUAAAAUGAAUUCGCUUUGUGUGUCCGUGUGAAUUGGUUUUCAGAGAUGUCCUUCUGGGCCAUUCCACCUGCAUCCAGUCUGCGUCCUCCUCCGCCGUAUCCAGCCUCUCUGUCCCAUGACCCAAGGCAGCACUAUGACCUCUGACUGUAGAAAGAUGUGCUCUUGAGUUCCUGAAAGGACAAAACCAAUAAACAUGUGUGUUCCUUUUUCUAAA